CCUCAACCCUCCUCCCCCAUCGACCCGAAGCCAGCGUACACUUUUGCAAGUUGCGAAGGCGAGCACAAAGCAGAAACCAACACAGCGCGCAACGCGCAUAUUAAUCGUAACGAAUCCGGUCGAAGGUGUGCCAGACUGACCUGCAUCUUUAAUGUUUAUAUUUACCUACAAAGUGAACUGUGAAUCAAUCAAAAUUUUGAUAUGGAUUCGUGAGUCUCGGGCGUGGCUAACCAGAUAAACAUUACUCAUCGCCGGUGACAGUUGAGAGCAAAAAAGUUCCCUAAUCUCAUUCCUACUUCUUACUUGCUCAGUGUCGGUGAUACGAGGUAAAUCGCGGAAUUUAAACAAUGUUGAUUUGAGGAGGAAAAGGAGGGGAUUUUUGUGCUACAAUGAGUGCCAAUAAUGUGAAUGCUCAAGUUCCUACCACACAAGCGACGGCGACGAUCAAAUCCAGACCAAACAUUAUGCCUAGUAAUUAUAUGUAUACGUCGAGCAGUGCAUUGUUGAACCGCAAUGCAGAAAAUAAACCUACCCCACCACCUACUCUGCCAAAAUACACUUCUAGCUUCAACGCAGGCAGUAGUUUAAAUAGGGAAAGGGAUAAGGACAGCAUCGGAGGAUCCUAUAGGCUUUCCAGCUUGGAUCGACUAGCUAUGAGACAAAAAUUCAUGGACCAGCAAAACAGUUCAGCCAAUGGAAGUCCUCAGACUAAUGGAAGUACUGAUAUCACUUCAACAACAGCUUCACUGCAAAGCAAGAGAGAAAUGUUCUUUACGUCUACCGAAUCUGCCAACUCUGUUAGUAAGGAUUCCAAUCGUCUGAACAAAACUCCCUCGAUGGAAAAGCCUGUUGACCCACCAUUGAAGCUAGCUUCUCCUGAUUCCACCAAAGACGAUGCCAUUAAAGAUUCAGUGUGUGAAUCAAUACCCGAUGUAGUGAAAGAACGUCCCAAACCAAAAGAAUUGGACGGAUACGUGGGUUUUGCAAAUUUACCCAAUCAGGUGUAUAGAAAGGCUGUUAAAAAAGGUUUCGAAUUUACAUUGAUGGUCGUGGGUGAAUCUGGUUUAGGAAAGUCAACUUUGAUUAAUUCAAUGUUCCUGACGGAAAUUUACAACUCUACAGACUAUCCGGGACCUACGCAAAGACUUAAGAAAACUGUAGCUGUUGAAACAACGAGGGUGAUGUUGAAAGAAAACGGUGUGAACUUGCAUUUAACUAUGGUUGACACCCCGGGAUUUGGAGAUGCUGUUGAUAACAGUAAUUGCUGGACGCCCAUAAUUGAGUUUAUAGAAAGUAAAUAUGAAGACUAUCUGAAUUCUGAGGCCAGAGUAACUCGAAAAGUCAGUCCCGAUCAACGUGUUCACUGUUGUUUGUAUUUCAUCCAACCGUCUGGCCACGGUCUGAAAUCUCUGGAUAUAGAAUUCAUGAAGCGGCUCUGUGACAAAGUGAAUAUUAUUCCUGUUAUAGCAAAGGCAGAUACAUUGACUGACGAUGAGUGCUCUUUGUUCAAAAGGCAAAUCCUAAAUGAAAUCACCCAACACAAAAUUAAAAUAUAUGAGUUUCCUGACACAUCUGAAGACGACGAGGAACUUAAAUUGAACAAAUCGCUGAAAGACAGAGUGCCUUUUGCAGUAGUGGGUUCAAAUGCAGUUAUAGAAGUCGAUGGCAAGAAAGUGCGAGGUCGUAGGUAUCCGUGGGGAAUUGCCGAAGUGGAGAAUCUCGAACACUGUGAUUUUAUAGCACUGCGUAAUAUGGUUAUAAGAACACACUUGCAGGAUUUGAAAGAUGUUACUAAUAAUGUACAUUAUGAAAACUACAGGUGUCGUAAACUAGCUGGUCUAGGCACCGAUGGAAAGCCGUCUAGGAUAUCAAAUAAAAAUCCUCUAGCACAAAUGGACGAAGAGAAACGGGAACACGACCUAAAAAUGAAGAAAAUGGAGGCAGAGAUGGAGCAAGUGUUUGAAAUGAAAGUGCGUGAGAAAAAACAAAAAUUGAAAGAUAGUGAGGCGGAAUUGACUAGGCGGCACGAGGCUACGAAAAAGACUCUGGAACAACAAGCAAAAGAAUUGGAAGAGAAGCGUAGGCAGUUCGAAAUGGAAAAGGAAGCAUGGGAGAGAGAAAAUCAGGUGACCGUUGAAGAGUUGAGAAGGAGGUCUUUGGAGGGCAGCAGAGAGACUGUCGAUGGUAAAAAGGAAAAAAAGAAGAAAGGACUUUUCUAACAGUCAUUGGAGAACUUCUGGUGAAGUGUCGAUGUGUUCCACAUAUUAAACUGCUUGAAAAAUGUUGGGCUUGAUAUUUGGUUAGGAUAGCUAUCAAGGUAAUGAGCUAGUCAACAUUUUUUUUUAUACUCAAAAAUCAGUUGAUCAAUAUACCCUCCAAUAUACCUAUAUUUUUAUAAUGUUUUAAAAUUAGACUCUUAUGGGUGAUGAUUUCAUGAGUAGGCAGUAGGUAAAUUGUUUGCACUUUUUUUUUGUAAGACAUGAUUUUUAAUAUAUGUAUGAGUCCUUAAUCAGUUGUUUCUCAUUGAACAUUAGAAAUUAUUUCAGCAAUCUAAAAUAAUGAGGUAAUAUUGAAAGUUGGGUUCAAUAGUAAUUUAAAUUACUUAUUUUUUGCAUUGGUAAACUAAAUAAAAAUUAGUGCAAUAAACAUAUAUUUUCUAUUAAAUUAAACAAAACACAUAACAACUAAUAAAUAUGGAAAAGCAUACAAAAUUAAGUGGCCACUGUAAAUCAACCUGUUAUUUUCAUGAAGAUGAAACCAGCUUUUUUUUUCAGUUGAUGAAUUCUAGAUUUUCCUUUAAAUAAUACAAUUUUGAAACCAAUAUUGAGUUUCUUGGAUAGAAAAAACAUUUAAUUUCAAUAUUGUUAAAAUAAAUUAAAAAUUCCUUAAAACGGAGGUUCAAAUUUCCUAAUUUACCCAUAAAAUGAAAAUAAUUCGGAAAUUCGUCAUCUAGAAACAUCUAAGUACAAACGUUAACAUUUAACAUUCAGUUAUUUCGAUCAGCUGUUUCUUCCCUAUACACAACAAACUCACACUCCUAGGUUUCACUACUAUUUAAAAAUAAUAAUUCUUUGUUGCCGUUCUUUGGAAUGAUUUCAUUUUUUUGCUCAAAUUUUCAAAAGAUGCAUGGGUUUCCCAAGUAAUGCUAACAAAUGGCACAUAACAGAUGCAUCCUGCAUUAGUUUUAUAAUGAAAACACUACUCUUUGCUGAUAUAAAAUAUCAAUGAACAAUUACUUUAUGAAAUUAAUAUAAUAAAUAUAAUUAAUAAAUAGUUAGGGACUGCUCAUAAUUUGAGAGCCAACAACUGAUAAAGUUGGCAGGUUUAGGUGGAUGCAAGUGGAAAGUGAAAAUGGAGACCUAAGUAAUGUGAAAGCGUUGGGAUGAUUUUCAAAAAAACACUGGAUUAUCUUAAGCACAUACACACAGUUUUUGUUAGUUUAAAUCACCAAAUUUGAAGAAGGUGGAGUUGAUGGUAUAAAAUCAUAAAGGUGAACCUUUGAGACCAAAAGGUUGAUACUUGAAUGAAUAUGUCUCAACUGAUUUUUGAGUUUUCGAUCCAGUGAUCAGGUUAAAAAUAGUUAACUAGCCAUGUUGGAAAUACUUUGAUCUGAGAUGUAUGUUUCAUUCAUAACUUGAGUGGCAAAUUGAACUUUCUUAGUUUUUUAUAAUUGCAUUUGUUGUAUACAUUUAUGAUAAUUUUAUCUCCAUAGAGCUUCAGUCAAACAAAGAAACCAGAUAUUUUGACUGUAAAAGACUGGAGUUGAUUGCUCUGGUGAAAUAAUUUUGCAAUAGUUUUUGUUGUAGAUUAGGAUCUAUAGAACAUUUUUAUAAAUAGUGAUUGGAACAACUGGCUGUAAAAUAUUUAUUUAAAAUGUAUAUUAAUGACACUUUCAUUAUAUAUCUUGAAAUUUG